UGCUCACUCUCUGUUCUUCUUGUUUGUUGCUCUCCCCUCGUUACCCUCCUCGCAGACCCCAAUCGCUACAAUGCCCCCGAAAGCAGCGACUGCCGCCGCCCCUGCCAAGGCUGCCAAGAAGGCCCACUCGCCCCGCAACCACGUCCUGAACGCUGGUGUUCACAAGUACGGCCGCUCGGUCUCGUACGCCAAGAGCGCUCUUUACAAGAAGAAGAAGGCUGAGGUCAAGAACACCACCAAGACCCGUGCUCAGACCAAGACCGUCGAGGUCAAGGGUGACAAGAACGGCAAGACCCGCGUCGUCCCCGUCCGCCGCGAGUCCCGCUUCUACCCCACCGAGGACACUCCCCGACCCCUUGCCAACCGCAAGACCCCCGGCACUGCUACCCUCCGCAAGUCGAUCACCCCCGGCACCGUCCUCGUCCUCGUUGCUGGCCGCUUCCGUGGCAAGCGCGUUGUUUUCCUUAAGCAGCUCAAGUCUGGCCUCCUCCUCGUCUCGGGCCCCUUCAAGGUCAACGGUGUCCCGCUCCGCCGUGUCAACCAGGCUUACGUCAUUGCCACCUCCACCAAGGUCGACCUUGCCGGUGCCAAGUUUGACAAGUUCGAGGAUGCUUACUUUGCCAAGGCUGCCGCUGGCAAGAAGUCCAAGACUGAGGCCGAGUUCUUCGAGUCUGCUGCUGGCGCUAAGGCCAAGAAGACCAUCGCUGCUGGCCGUGUUGCCGACCAGAAGGAGGUCGACAAGGUCAUCAUUGCCGCCGUCAAGAAGACCCCACUGCUCAAGGAGUACCUUGCUGCCCCCUUCACCCUGACCAAGGGCCAGUUCCCCCACCAGCUCAAGUUCUAAAGUGGUCCUUGUGUUUUUGUGCAAUUGUUUUUUCCCGUUGGGCUUUCAUCUCUUUUUGAUCCAACCAAGCUGCGUGAUUUCGGUGUAAUUGCCAGUAUGUUGCUUUUGUCCCUAAAUGAAAAAGAGAAGCAGAAGAAAGCAUUGUUCAGGA